AUGUAUAAAAGAGCGCAUAUAUUACUCGUCAGCUGUCUUCUCGUCGCGUGCGGCAACGUCGGUCUUGCGAAGUUCGAUCUCGACAGCGUGGCUUGCCCCGAUGACCUUGCGCCGUUCUACCAACUCGUGCGCAACGGCGCCGCCGACAACGAUAGGCCCGUCUACGUUAGAUUCUUGGUCACUGCGUCAGCACCGCGAACUUGGUGUGCGCCGUCGUCGUGCUUCGUGUUGUGCGCAUUCUCUAACUUCGUUAACGAUGUGGGCGAGGAUGCUGUCAGGGGUGUCAGCGAUUACUAUCGCCUUCGUGUGCAGCGGCCUCGCGCAGUACGGACCUGGUCCCUGUGGCGGUUCUGGCUCCGGACGAUCGUGAAGCUGGCCGUCGAGCGCGACGACCUCAGCGAGCACGGCGCUCUCGUACGGGCUGCCCACGUUAAAUUUCCGAUUGCGAAGAAGAUUACUUCCAUGGUGCUGCUGAAGUGGCCGCCGCCGCCGCCUAACCCCUCAGUGCAGCACUACUAG